AGGCUCUGAACUACAUCGUGACCACGCUAACGUGAAUCAGUCAUGCUUUGAACGCUGUUCUCGUACAGACUUGUUUUCCUCUCGUAACUGUCCGGUGUUUUUGAAAAUACAAUAAUAUUAUAUUAUAUCGAUACAUGCACUAAAUAAUAUAUGUUAAAUGCAAUUUAAUUUUAUACUUCAAAGUUCAAACUGUACAAUGAUUUUAUAGAUUGUAUAGACCAUAUAUACUUAUGACACGCAGUACAUUUUUAAUUUAAAUCAUCAUUUAUAUUAAUUCGGUUUGUCAUAAGUACACUGUGGAACGUAAUAAUAACUAUAGUUCCUAAAUGUCAAUAUUUAAAUGUUCUGUUACAUUGUGAAGUAUCUGCAGAAUGUCUCUGAAAUGAUGGUGUUGGCGUUGGUUACUCCUUCCGGCCGAGGUGGACUAUGCACGUCCGUGCACUUUUGCUUGGCGCUGUUGGCCGUGUGCCAAUGUCUGUCCGGGACACCAACCACGGCAUCGACAGCCCGCCAUUGGAGUUUGGCAGAAUUGUCGGUGACAUCUAGCGAGCUGCCAAAACAGAUACCGGCGCCGCCUUACCCUGUACAGCAGAGGAUUCAAUCGACUCCGCACUACGACCAACAGCUCAAAUUGCCAUCGGGAAACGGUGUAGGUUCGCGGAACCACCGCUAUCCGUGGACCCGACCGACGGCGUCGAUUAUUUGAGCCGAUAGAUUACAUUACCUAUUACUCAUAUACACCAUCAUUAUUAUUGCUUUGUCAACAAUUUCAUCGCUACCUACAUUGAUAAUCACUAUUUCGAAAUCAGGAAUCGGAACUGAACCGAAAUGUGCCGGUUCCUUACAGAUUUAUUCGUCAUAUAAUAUUAUGGAUCCAAUAUAGGUUGAGCCUUCACUUUAACCAAAACACACAAGACGCAGUAAAGUUCUAAACCGAUCCAACUUCCUUGAGCUACAAGUACCUAAUCCGAACUUUUAGUAGGCAUGUCAAUCAUCCGUCUUAAAAGCAAAAGAAGCGAGAAUAACCAAUCCGAAAUCGGAACAAAUCUGCAAAUCAAAUUAUAUAAAAGGUUCCAGUUCCUGAAUCACUUACAUACUAAAGUCGGAUUAACAAUAUUAAACCAUUGUUAUUCCUAUUUGGCAUUUUUAAUUGUUAAUUGUCAUAACUGAUAAA